AUGUCAGUAGACAAUGUUGUCAAAGUUGCCAAUAUAUCAUCGAAAGUGACGGAGCCUAUACUAAGGCAGAUGUUUGAAUUCUUGGGAGAAAUCUCAAUAUUAAAGCUAUAUAAUAGUCCACAUGGAGAUGGCGUGCAAGAAUGCAUAGUCGAGUUUGAAACAUCCGAAGCUGCCGUCACGGCUCUGCAUCUAACAGGCGUAGAACUCGGCGAUCGUACGCUAGUCGUCUCUUCAACAACUGCUCCAUCAAAUUUGAACGAUUACUCCCAGUCUACACACCCGAUCCUGCUCACUACUCGCACCCAGGUUCAGCGCACCGCACUGCCUACUACGCCAAAAUCUCUUCCUGUCGCUCCCCUUCCCUCAAUCUCGGCAACAUCAUUAGCAGCAAUUCGUGCCAAUCCAGCAAUCUCUCCCACGGUCGCCCAAUUCGAUCCGGCAAAAGCAGAAGAGAUCUCGAGAACAGUGUACAUUGGAAAUAUUAAUUCAUCGAUUUCUGAACCAGAGUUGACAGAGUUUUUUUCAACUUGUGGACCAGUAGCGUAUGUUAAGAUGGCUGGAGAUCCUGCGCAGCCAACUAGGUUUGCGUUUUUGGAAUUUGCAACCUUUGAAGGCGCACAGGCUGCUAUGCAGAUGAAUGGAGUCAUGUUGGGUGAUCGUCCACUAAAAGUAAACCAUUCAAAGAACGCGAUAAAUAAAACGCCCAAGAAAACUGAUGCUCCAGAUGUACAAGCGACUAUGCGUCGCGUUCGCGAAGCACAAAUGCGUAUUGCUAGUCGGCUCAACACUAAUGAAUCGCUUUCUGAUAAAAGUCCACACAGUUCCACAAGCCGCGAAGACAUAGUUAUGCGAGACGCUGUACAAUCUCCAACCCCAGAUGAGUCGCGGACUAGAAGGAGUCGAUCACGAUCUAGGAGUGGAUCGAGGUCGGCCAGCAUUAGCAGAACGCGGAGGAGAAGAUCGAGAACGCCGUCGUCGCUGUCACCAUCUAGGGACAGAGGUAAGCGAGAGGGAAAAGGUUUUACUCGUGAAGAGAUUAUUUUGACUGACAGCGUUAGAGAUCAAUACUUCAUAAAUGUUAUUAUAAUUAUUAUAACCAAAAGUGAAAAAGACGCUAAAGACUGA